UGAUGGCGUUAGAGACCAUUGAGCAGUGACCAGCAUCUUGCAAGUCUUGAUCCACUCCCUUCACACGUGCACCGUACAUUGCCCCGGCUCUGGAAACGUUCCCAGCCCAAAAAUAGGAUCCCCAUAAGGACAAAAAAAGAGGUUAAAGAGUGCCAAGGGAGUCGUCAAGAGGUGUGGCGGUGGUGACAGUGGCCCUCAGGAUUGCUUCAAGAGUAGACCUUAGAUCGCAUCAAAUGGUGACAAGGGAUUCCACCUACGAGACUCGGCUUCGAAGGGACGGUCUUGUGGCUGUGCACCAGACCUAUAGGUGGCUCCACUGCACCCAGGACCUGCACGAUCAUCUUACUCUUCAGGGGGGCUCGAACGGGGUCUUCUGCGCUGCUUCUAAAACCACCAACUGACUUUCUUUAACUUUAACCGGGCGAAACAGUCUUCCACUUUCUUCCUACCCCGUGGAAUCCUAACCUAGACUCAUAACUUUGUCUUGAGAGAGGAAGUUCAGUGUUUGAUUCCCGGCAAGUGCGUGAAGCAAAUCCCAUAAAGCCAUAGCCAUGAUGUCCCUGAGGAAGGUCACCAGCGAGGUCUUGGCCCGUGGAGGCGUGGCCGGGGCCGUGGCUAAGGAGGCCCUGGGGAGAGGUGCCAUUCCUCAAGCCUGGGCCAGCACGUCAGCCUCCUCCAAGCCCAAGAAAGCCUCCAGCAAGGCACCCCAGCGGACUGUCUUCAUCUCCCAGUCCAGUGAUGUCUUUGCGAACCUUGCCCUCGAGGACUGGCUAUAUAAGAACUGGUCCUUUGAGAGGCGUAACGUCCUCCUCCUGUGGCGUAACUCCCCCUGCGUGGUCAUAGGGCGUCACCAGAACCCCCAGGUGGAGGCCAACCUGCCCUACCUGGAGAGUGCUGGGGUCCCGGUGGCCAGGAGGGGCAGUGGAGGGGGUGCCGUGUACCAUGACCACGGGAACCUGAACUGCACCUUCUUCACUACGAGGGAGAGGUACAACCGGCACAGCAACUUGGAGGUCAUCUGCCGGGCGUUGAACCACGACUUUGGGAUCCAGGCUCACCCCAACCCUCGGGACGACAUCAUUGUGGACCACGAUCAUAAGGUGUCUGGUUCUGCCGCCAAGCUGGGCCGCACGACUGCCUACCACCACUGCACGCUGCUGGUGAACACGGACAGGCAGCAACUCAGGCUCUCUCUCAACGGGGACAAGAGCAUCAAGAGCAAGGCCACAGCGAGCGUCCCGGCCCACGUGAUGAACCUCAGCGAGCUCCAGCCGAACAUCAACGUGGAACAAGUCCUGACCAGCGUGGGCAAGGCGUUCCUGGGCCAAGAUCAUCACCUGGCCAACGGCUUCACCCUCGUCAACCCCAGCGAUGAGUGGUUCCCUGGCCUGGCGGAACUUGAGGCCGUCCUGCGUUCCUCCCGGUGGCUUGAGGGACAGACCCCGCGUUGCACCAUCACCCGCCGUUUGCCCAUCCCCCAAGGCCUGCUCCCCCAUGCCUCAAACACCUCCCUGGCCGUCACUGUGCAGGCCUAUCAUGGACUCGUGGAGGAGGUGAGGAUGGAGGAGGACGUGGUGAAGGAGGAGGAGGGUGUGGCAGAGCUCCUACAGGACAUCGGGGCAGGGCUGAAGGGCGCCCCGUACACCCCAGACACCUUCAACAUUAUCGCCGGUCGCCUUCGCUUCACCCCCGCCCUCGCCGACAUGCACUUUCCCGCCUCUGCCCGGCCGCCACCCACCCCCACACGCUCCGUCAUUUGAGCCCCCAAGGAGGAAAAGAAGGGCCUGACGUGAGCCUUGAGGGAUGCCUUGCGUGGAGGUGGAGUGAGGUGAUAGGUGGAGGGAUGAGCCAGGAGUAAUUACUGUUUAAGGCUAUUAACACCCAACUUCUCAUAUAUUAUCCAUUAUCUUUUCACAGUAUCUUUUUCUGUCUACCUUCUAUUUGUCUUUCUAUACCUUUUCUGUUUCCCUGUCUAUAUUCUAUUUGUCAUUCUAUCUAUAUUGUUCUGAAGUCUUGUUGCCUACUUUGGACUUUUCUUUACUCUCCUCCAUUCUCAUUUUCCCUUACUUAUUUGGAUGAGCCUCCCUUUCUCCUCGUUCAAGCGCUCAUCAUAAUUAUUACACCCUUCUCUCCCUCCACCUCUCUGUCCCUUGCUCUGUCCUCUCCAUCCUCUGUACCAACAGUUGUCUCUCUACCCUGUCCUGCCGUCCUAUAUGACUCAUUCUCCCUCUUCACAAACUACUAUUAUGCUUUCUCUGCUUAUGAGUGGAACAAUGAUUUACUGCUUAUGUGUUUCAAAGAAUGUAGUUUAUCUUCCUUAAGGAGGCUUGGUGAAUGGGAAUUAUUUUAUAAGAUGUUUGUUUAGGUCCGUUACGGCUGCCACUCUUCACCUUCACUGCUUGCUCCUCCUCCUGUUCAGUCCAUUGGUUACAUUGCCCAACUAAAUGUUUUCCUCUUUCCCAAAGCCGUUCCACCAGCCAGGCCUCCUUGUGUAGGCCUCAGCUCAAAUGUAUACUGAGCAUAUUAGGUACUUCAGGCAAGACUUAUCAGUGUGCUGCACACCAAUAUUCAUCCUCCUCUAGAUCUUCUUGGAGCACUGCAGUGCUGCCAUACAGCCUUGGGCUCAACACUUUGUUCAAUGAGUGAAGGAGGGAAACUUCCUGUCUGUGGAAAAUGUGUGUGUUGUGGUUCAGUCUGAAUCAACACAAGGCUGUGUGGAGCCCCUCGAUAGCCUCAGGUUGUGACACUUCCUCUAUGAUAACUUUCUUAUGCUAUUCUGCAUGCACCACCGGUCCACCACACACACAAGGUUCAAGGGCGUAGAUAUCUGACUAAUUUUGAGGUCCUGGCUCUCCCAGAUCUUUGAAAAUAUGACUUAAGAUAAUUCCACAGUCAGGUCCAAAGCUUUGUUUGGCCAUGACGCCAACCAUUGAUAACUGAACUGACAGUCCAUUUCGCUUUGUACACAGCUGUUGCCGGAGCUUCUGUGCAUUUCCUCUCUUGUAGCAGCAGAGGACUGGUGACACUGGUGGCAACAGCUGUGUGUACCAAGAAGCUGGCUGUGCUUGCUUCAUUUUAAAAUGUUCAAUUAAAAUACACUUAUGCACAAUUUUUUUUUAAAACUUUAUGUUCACAACAAGAGUUUGGACACUUGUAAACUAUUGUAACACCUCAGGGGCCAGGACUUCAAAACUAGUCACACCUUUGCAGUGUGGGAAGCCUUUUUGGUGUUGAUAUUCACUUGGACGCUGCACGGUGUUGUCAGGAUAAAACGUUUGGCAUUAAGUUUCAUUGGUGCGUCAGUGCAUGAUGACAGUGAACAGGUCAGCAGGGUGAGCUAGGGCAGGGCGGCACCCUCCCGCCAGCACAACAGUAAUGUCACUGGUGCUGUCCUUACAGAGCUUAUGAAGGCGUGGCACGCCAAGGAGUGCAAAGUGUUGUUAUUCAUGAUGUUGACAUUCCUCUUGUUGAUUGUGAGCACUUGUCGUGUCUUCACUGCAUCACAUGUGUUUGUUUGUUAAAUUAAUCUUUACUGCUGUUAUGGACUCUUGGAAUUGAUAUUAUCUGAUCAAGAAAAAGAACUCGUCUGUGUUUUCUUCAGCUGAUGAGCUAACUUUAUCUGAACUGUUACAUGAAUCUAUAUUUUACUAAUAAUAAUGCUAAUAAAUCUUUAUAUAUA